AUGAGCAAAAGCCGUCGACAUGUUCAGAAUCCACCACCCAUCGUUCACCAUAGUCAGGAGCAGACACGCGAGUCUGCCGUAGAUAACGUCCGCAAUCAUGUAGUUUAUCCCCAGCUCAUCGAGCCAAAGUCACGGCUGGAAGCUGUUUCCAACAAGGUCAUUUCAAUCCUAUCAAGCCUUGCGUCCAAGCAGCCAGCAGAACCUCACACCAGCCCGUCAUCCCACGACCGGAUCAACCAGUCUGCCACGUACGAUGUCUACGCUUCUCAUCCACCGUCGUCCAUCCAAGAACAGUCUCGCACACAAGUCUCGUGGUCCCGCUGGACUUGCCUAAACAAGCGAUAUCUGCUUCUUGUGGCCUAUAAACACGGUGGAUUUCACGUCUGGGACCUUUCCAAGCUUGACGCGGCUCAGGAGGUCCUUCACCUUUCGUCCUUUGGGCCCGUCACCUCUGCAUGCGUCAUCUCGGGUCUUUCUCCACCCACGGAGAGUCACAAAUCGGACCUUCUCUUGCUGCUGACAGACGUUGGUGCAGAGGCCAACUUUACCGUCUAUUCCCUACAUACCGGAGAUAUUUCAAAGCGCAUCUCCAUACCGUAUGCGAGCGAAGUCCAAGCAAACUCGCGCUUUGCGGUCGUUUCCACUGCGUCUGCCGAGGCAGCGACGGACGGUAAAGACUCCAGUGCCUUGGUGGUGUUUGACGUAGCGCGUGAUUUUGCCUUUCUAUACUCUAUCAAGCAACCUAAUUCACUCUCUACACCUAUCUUUGCCCUCUCAUCGAGUCGCAUGCUCGCAUUCGCUUCGUCUACUGCGCUAUCCCAGCCGCUCGCUCCCUCUAAUACCGCUGCAUACCCGCCAGUUUCAUCCGACAUGUCCAGGAUUGAUAUGCGCUCAGCUCAGGGCUCGGCCCUCAGUUCGAGCCUGGCGUUUGUUAGCGGUGGUAUGCUCACUGGUGCACGCCUCCUUGGCUCUGGAGUGGCAGAAGGCAUGCGCAUUGGUAUGAACGCCGUUGGAUAUAGUGGAUCCAAAUCAAGACCUGUAUCCGGUGAAUAUCGUCCCUCUGACGCAUAUUCUCGCAGCGCACCAAAUACACAGUCGGCACUCUCCUCUCAACGUCACUAUCGCCGCGCUAGCGGUCAGAUACGAAGCGCAGUUUCAGGACCAGGAACGUCGCAGAAUCCUGGAGCUGGGUGCUGGAUCAUCGUUUUGGAUUUGCAACCGCUUUCAUCUGCCUCCAUCGAGAAACCCGGACAGGAGAUGUCAGUCUCGCGGAGUUUCAUUGCCAAAUCUCCUCCGCUCACCCGAUUUGAUUUUGACCAACCUGCCGACGCGAAACCGUGGACGGUCGCCGAGGCAUAUUAUCAACUCCCACAACCGUUACUGCCGACUGCAAGCAAGGGCUCGCCUAUUUCUACGCCGAACCGAGUUCACUCUCGCGUCACUUCCCAGGAGGACCUCGGGGAUCUUGGUAAUCUUUCCCCCGUCACGUUCAUGUCCUGGAACCGCAGAGGUAACAUGAUUGCUGUCGGUGGACGAGAUAGUACAGGCGUCCAAGUCUAUCAAGUGCGCCGAAACGUUGAUCAAAGGAGGCGCCGUUCGCAUGCCGAUGUGGAAGACGACAAGCCAGAAGGUGACUUGCUCCCCAUAUACGAUCUUCAGCGCGGCCUUACAACGGCGACAAUUGACUCGAUUACGUGGAGCAACGACGGAUUGUGGAAUGCGUUUACCAGCGAGCGCGGCACCAUUCGUGGGUGGACCGAAGAGUCUGGAAUGACUGCUCACGGCUUUGCAGAUUUGUACGCGGUGGAUCCUGAUGGUGGGCCGCCCGUCGCGUUGGCUCAUGUUGUCGGCCAGACCCGUGACGGCUCCGUGCGGGCCGAUUCGCACUCUAUACGUCUUCAGGCAGUCAGCAGGCUUCGUCAGCCAUAUACAGAGUCCUUGGUUCCUGAAAAGAACGAAGACACCGUUGCGGGUGAUCUCGAUAUCGCCGACCAGACCUCGGGACCACGUAUACCUGCAUCGAUCACUUUUCUCGAUCGGGCGGCUUCGACGUCGUCUCGCCGUAUUCCAUUCCAGAGCACGGAUACAUCGGUCGAAGGCUCGCCUAGCAGUGGAUUUCAGGAUAUCUUGGUGUUCAACCCUGCCAGCGGGCAUGUCCUUCUAUGGCGAUGCUCUCUGGAAGCGUAUACAGAGUCAGAGUCCCGAAGUGAUCUCAGAGCGAUGGAACGUACAUCUUCUGUUGUUCAGAAUCAUGACAAUGAUGUAGGACGCGCUUCGCCAUCAACCAGCGCACCGCUGUCGAGCGUUCUCUCUGGGGUAUCCCGAAUGACGGGCUUCGGAAAUGCCGCCGUAUCUCGCCUCGUAGGCUCGAAAGGAUCGGGGAGGCUCAUCGGGAGUAGCUCUGUCGUCGCGAGAUGGGAUCUGCAACGAGACGAAGAGUGGCCCGAGAUUCGCACAGACAAGGUUGCCGACACAACGUCCAGCAAGCCUACUCGUAGUAAAACCGGAGAUCUGUCAUUCGCCGAGCUCUCCCCUUUGCCCACUCGAUCCACGCGGCUAUCCCGUCCCAUCUACAUGUCCCACCAAUUUCAGUUUGGUGCCCUCAGCACGGAUUAUCAUGCCCUCGUCCGUCGUCUCGAUUUGAACCCCCCUUUCGAGUCGCUGUCGUUCAGAAAGGACAGCGUCAUCGUUCGGACAGGCGAGGGAUUCACGGACUAUGAACGGCAAUCUGUUGUACCGAGCGACUUUGAUUCCGAAGCAAACUUCCUCGGCUCAGAUGGGCGUAUAUUCGACCUCGGUGAUAGUCCCAUUCUCGGCGGACAAUUGGGCUUGGCUACGGAACACAUGCCUUUUCCUUCAAGUUUGACCAGCACAAGCAGCAUGAAAUCUCGGCCGCUGACCCGCCAAUCUUUCGACGAUGUCCUCACGUCGGCGAUGGACUCCAAGUUGCAGCUGGAUGCAUCCUAUUCUCCAGUUGGCUCGCCAUCGGACAUUGGUAGUCCGGGCCACGUCAUUCCUAUGCUCCCUAACGGUCGUCCAGGUAGUGCUGGUAGUAGCAUUGGAUCAGGAUUGGACGCAGUCGUUAGGGGCACUGCGCGCGUUGGGAAGGACGUUUUGAGUGGAAUCACAGGCGUCAGAAGUCCCCGACUCAUGCCGGCAAAGCGGGCGAGCACAGACCUUCUGAAGUUUGACGAAGCGGAAGAAAUGUUCAUCGUCGACGAUCUGGAUGGUCACGGAGAAUUUCUGGAGCCGUCAAAGGCUCUUACUCCUAUCAAGCAUGAGGAGAGUGUGGCCACAAUUGGUCCAGGCGCGUGGGCAAGCCCGUCAGGACAUGGGUUCACAUUGAUGACAGACAGUGGGUUGACUGUCACCGGUGGAUCAGCCCAGCCCUUGAACGCUCCGGAGACUACAUGGAUCGAUCAGCCAGAUAUUUAUGCCCAGGCAGUCGAGGAAGAGGCAAAGUUUGACGACGUGACGGGUAUCCUAGACGAGGAACGAAGAGAAAGAGAGGCACUCCGGCUCGCUGCCGAGCUAAAUCCUUUCCUCCCACGGGCCUUGAGUCUCCAAAGGCCCGAGUGCGAACCUUCACCAACAACGAUUGCGCUAGCCAUUGCAAAUGGGUAUCUGUAA